AUGAGCGUCUUCCUCCGUAGCCGCCUUUCCCAACGAGCCACACCCUCCAUCGCCGCCCGCCAACUGGCUCCCCUUCGCAGCGCCUACCCCCUGAGGCAACGCUUCUACGCUCACAGCUCCUACGGGGGCGAUGGCGAAACCGAAGCCCAGCAACCCGAUAACCCACGGAACCAACCUACGCGAGACAUUGAGCACCCAGGUCCACCUCCACCGGACACGGGAUCCAAUUCUAGUGCGAAGAGCAGCAGCGGCAGUAGCAGCAGCAAGCAGCCGUCGAACAAGGCCCAUCCGACUCUAGCUGAUGGGGACGAGUCGCCGUAUGUCGAUAAGGAUGGACAUACCACGGCAGAUGCGCCCGAAGAUGUGAGACGGCAUAAUGAGGACAUUGAGAAGAGGGCGGAUCGGCCGACGGAACGUGCUGGUUGA